AUGCAGCGAUACGUUCGGCGCGUCGCAGCAACGAUAGCCAGCGACAAAAAUCACAGCUACCACUAUUUAAUUGGCGGCCCUCUCUAUUACUCGGGCGGCGUUGCUGACAGUUCCAAAGAACGCAUAGACUCCCGAUCGCCGAAAGUUUCCUCCCGCAGGCCCUGUGGCAAACUCUGGCCCUCGCCCAGCCUGCCGCAUUGCCGCUUCUUCACGCUGGCUUCAAGCGGAGUAUUGGGACGAUUGGUGCUGCGCCAUACUAUUUCUGCCGCAUCGGUGCUUCAACGAGCACACACCCCAAGAUUCAGCACCAUGGCGCCCAAGCAGGCGACUUUGGGGUAUGUAAAACCUUCUCAGACAUCGAUUGGCAAAUUCUUCGGCUCCAAGUCCGAUGGACCAGCUCGACAAUCUAAGCUUGCCUUCUCGGCAAAGCCCAAGAGUGAGGCAGAAACUGCCGACGAUGGCUCAAGCACGAAAGAAAACACAGAUCCAGACUCUGACUCGAAAAAGCGCGUUCGAUUAGAGGCAAACGGCGACUCGAAGGCAUCGAUCAAACCGGAGGAAGACGAAGAAAGCGCUCCAGUUGCGAAGCGCCCCCGACGCAGCCGAGUAAGAAGGGUUGAGGACGAUGACGAGGAUAUUGUCCCUACAACAGAGACGGUCAAGAAAGAGGAGCACAUGGACUCGCCCGUCAAGGUUGAAUCCUCUGUUGAGCCCAGUCCCGAGCCUAGUCCCGAGCCGUUGGUCAAGAAGGAGAAAGACGUCGACCAAGAAUUCAAGGAGGAGGCCGCGGCUGAAUCUGGCUCUGAUGUCGAAGGCGAUGCAGAUUUGGAAGAGAAGCCCGAAGUUGCCGCCAAGGCGCGUCAGCUGGCUCAGACCAAACUCAACUCAAAAAUCAAGGAUCCAUAUCCCGACUGGAAGCCUGGUGCCCCCGUCCCAUACGCUGCCUUGUGCACAACUUUUUCCCUCAUUGAAAUGACUACCAAGCGACUGAUCAUCAUGGAACACUGUGCGCUUUUCUUACGCCAAGUCAUGCGCCUAACUCCCGACGACCUACUCCCCACAGUCUUGCUCAUGAUCAACAAGCUGGCUCCCGACUAUGCUGGUAUCGAACUUGGUAUCGGCGAGUCGCUCAUUAUGAAGGCUAUUGGCGAGUCCACUGGAAGAAGUCUGCAAGUCAUCAAGGCCGACCAGAAGGAUAUCGGUGAUCUCGGCCUCGUCGCUCUAAAGAGCAGAUCUACACAACCAACCAUGUUCAAGCCGAAGCCACUGACAGUUCGCGGUGUGCAUCAGGGCCUAAUGGGCAUUGCCACUGUCACUGGAAACGGAGCGCAAGGGCGCAAGGUCGACGGUAUCAAGAAGCUUCUCUCUGCUUCUGAUGCCCACAAUACUGGCAAGGUCGAUAUAACAAAAGACAAGGGCGGUCCCAGCGAGGCCAAGUACAUUAUUCGAUUUCUCGAAGGCAAGCUUCGACUGGGCCUAGCAGAAAAAACCGUACUAGUAUCGCUUGCGCAGGCCGUUGUAUGCCACGAGGCCGACAAGCGUGGCAAGCUGCCUAGCACGUCGGACAUGGAAAAGGGCGAGAGUAUCCUUAAGACAGUUUACAGCGAGUUGCCGAGUUACGAUGUCAUCAUCCCUGCCAUGCUCUCCCAUGGUAUUCUCAAUUUACGUGAUCAGUGCAAGUUGCAACCUGGUGUGCCGCUGAAGCCCAUGUUGGCCAAACCUACCAAAGCCAUCACCGAAGUUCUAGAUCGCUUUGAGGGCCAAACGUUCACCUGCGAAUACAAGUACGACGGCGAGCGCGCUCAGAUCCAUUACGUGGCCAAGGAUGCUCCCCAGGAGCUCAGCCAGGCAGCGCCGGGUGCUAACAAAGAAGCCGCCAAGGGAGUGGCCAGCAUCUUCUCUCGCAACUCAGAAGACCUGUCUAAGAAGUACCCCGAUAUUCUGGCCAAGCUGCACACUUGGGUCAAGGAAGACACCAUGAGCUUUGUGCUUGACUGCGAGACUGUAGCCUGGGAUACGGUGGAAAAGACGGUACUACCCUUCCAGCAGCUCAUGACCAGAAAGAAGAAGGACGUCAAAGUGGAAGACGUUAAGGUCAAGGUCUGCGUAUUUGCCUUUGAUCUCCUCUACCUGAAUGGCCAGCCCGUCGUGGAAAGUUCACUGCGGGAGCGAAGAGAGCUUCUACAACAGGCGUUCACACCUGUGGAAGGCGAGUUUUCUUUUGCCACUUCCAUGGAUGGCCAGGAGCUCGAUGAUAUUCAAGUGUUCCUGGACGAAAGUGUCAAGGCCUCUUGUGAAGGCCUUAUGGUGAAGAUGCUGGACGGCAAAGAGAGUGGAUACGAGCCCAGUAAGCGAAGUCGAAACUGGCUCAAGAUCAAGAAGGAUUACCUCUCUGGUGUCGGCGACUCCUUGGAUCUCGUCGUCCUGGGCGCCUACUACGGCCGCGGCAAGCGCACGUCCGUCUAUGGCGCUUUUCUGCUCGCCUGCUACAACCCCAACUCGGAUAGCUACGAGACCGUGUGCAACAUUGGCACGGGCUUCUCCGAGCAGGUCCUCGAGGAGCUGCACGCGUCUCUGUCCGCCAUUACCAUCGACCGCCCCAAGCCCUUUUACUCGCACUCGUCCGGCAAUCAGCACCAACCCGACGUCUGGUUCGAGCCCCAGUACGUAUGGGAGGUCAAGACGGCUGACCUCACUCUCAGCCCGCGCUACAAGGCCGGCUGCAAGGAGGGCGUCGACCCCGCCGGCGGCAAGGGCAUCAGUCUGCGCUUCCCGCGCUUCAUCAAGAUUCGCGACGACAAGAAGCCCGACGAGGCCACGUCGAGUCGGCAGGUGGCGGAAAUGUACCGCAAGCAGGAGAGCGUGACCAAGAACAAGGGUCCGUCUGUGGAUGACGACUUUGAGUACUAA